UUUUCAUAUUUUCUGGUGUGUGAUAAUUUGGCUGAUCUUCUUUUCAUCAUUAACCAAGCAGCACUUUUAAAUCAUAAUAUUGUUCUUGGUUGAAAUCGUUUUGGAGGAAGGACAUAUAUGGCGUCUGUAUGCAUGGGGUCACUUUGCAAGCCAACUUCGCUUUUGUUUUCUGGAGUUGUUAAGGCUUCUUCCCUUGCCACAGGAGCACAAGCUUCAAAAAUUCCUCGGAUAUCCAACUUUGAUAUGAAAGAGUCCUUGCAAGGAAGGCAUUGUACCAAUCACACCGAUAAGAAAUUGUAUAACCGAUUAACGCCUCGCCAAAUGAAGAAAGAGAAGUUUGAACUGAAUGCAGCAUCUACCGAUAAUCCUCAAUUUGAUGCAACUCAUGAUUUGAUAAAUCCCUUGGAAAAUGCUAUCCGUUUUGUGGAUGUUCUGUAUAGAUUUAUGAGGCCGUAUGUAGCGAUUGGAACGGUUUUUAGUGUACUCUCCAUGUCACUUCUUGCUGUCCAGAAAAUGUCAGAUUUAUCCCCAUUGUUCUUCCUUAAAUUGAUGCAGGCUCUUGUUGGAGGCUUGUUUAUGCAAAUGUACGUCUGUGGAUUCAACCAAAUAUGCGAUAUAGAACUCGACAAGGUUAACAAGCCUUCUCUCCCAUUAGCUGCUGGGGAACUAUCUAUGAGAACUGCUAUCAUUGUGUCUUCAAUAUCAGCUGUCAUGGGCUUUUCGAUUGCGUGGAUUGUUGGUUCUCCACCGUUGUUUUGGGGUUUCGUCGGGUGGUUUACGGUUGCGACUGCAUAUUCAGCCAAUGUGUACCCCUUAUUGCGAUGGAAGAGGUUUCCUUUCAUGACAGCUUUUUAUAUGCUAAUUUCGAAAGCACUGGUUGUUCCUGUUGCAUAUUACAUGCAUAUGCAGAAUUCUAUCAAUGGAGGAGCAAGUUUACUUUCAAGACCACUAUUAUUUGCAGUCGGAAUACUUAGUGCCUUCUCUCUCUCAAUGAUAUUCUUCAAGGACAUCCCAGAUAUUGAAGGAGACCGAAUGCAUGGAAUUAAGUCCCUUGCUAUACGAUUGGGUGAAACACGGGUGUUUUGGAUAUGCAUUUGGAUUCUAGAAAUGGCUUAUGUUGCUGCUGGUUUAGUGGGAGCAACUUCAUCCAUCACUUGGAGUAAAUAUGCAACGAUUAUUAGUCAUCUGGCGAUGGGAGCGCUACUUUGGAUGCGUGCCAAAUCAGUAGAUGUGAAGAACGUGAAAGCCGUUCAAUCCAUGUAUAUGUUCCUUUGGCAGCUCUUCUAUGCUGAAUAUGGCCUUAUCUUGCUUGUACGAUAAAUUUUGGUUGAAUGAAGUGAAUCUUCACGAUGACCUUCUACUAUAAAAUUCCAGAUAAAGGUUCCAAGAGUAACCAUACCCUAGGUCAUACUAGUCUCUUUUCUAUCUUGUUUUCCCAUUACCUUGUAAUUUGAGUAAUAUAUUACUAUAGUUUUGUACGAUUCAAUGAAAUGUUGUCAUCUACAUGACUUAUGUUAUACUUGUGUUUGUUGUGGAAUUUUGGUAUCUUGUUC